AAUGAAGAUAGGGUAAAGUGGGACCUCCAAUACCCUCAGUGGAGCAAAGAAGUCAUUAGAAGUGGAAGCUGCAAUGUCAAGCAAAGCAAGCCCCGAAAAUCUCUCUAUCCCUCACCCACCCCCUUCAAAAAAAUAAAAAUAAAGAAGGAACACAAAAGUGACAUAAAGACAACAAUAACAUCAUCAUCCUCCAUAACAAAAUCAUCAUAAUCAUCAUCAGCUUUGAUUUUCUUCAUUCUCUCGUCCCUUCACUCCCACCAACUACCACACCCACCUCUUCUACUUGCUCAAAAGCAAUUAAGCUCCUUCCUUCCACCAUUAUUCUUGUCAAAAUUCUUCAAGAACCUACAAGUUUGGAGGAUACUGGAGCAGGGCUUCCAAUGUCUUGCUGUCAAUCACUCUGGUAGUAAGAUACUCUGGUCUUGUUCUGUUUUGUUUCAUCUCUCUCUCUCAAAAUUUUCCUGUGUUCAAUCUUUCCCUUGAAUUCAUGUACUGAAACUUUGGUUCUCACAGCAUAUCUAAAGGAAACAGAAUUAGAAACAAACUGUAUAUAUGUGUUUGUAUUGAUUAAUCAGUUUCUACAUCAACUCUGUUUCUGUUCUGUUUUCACCUUCUGGGAUCUUUCUCGCAAAUCAAACAGAAGAUAGCAAAAUUAUAAUCCACCCAUUGAAUGCUAUAUUCCGAUGGAUUCAUUCAAUCAAACCACUGGUUUCCGCUACAAUCCAAGCUCAAACGUAAUGAGCCAUCAUGAAGAUGGUGAUUCCGAGUUUUCGGGGAUUCUUGACAUAUAUGUUCAUCAUGCUAGGAACAUUCACAAUAUAUGUAUUUAUGAAAACCAAGAUGUCUAUGCAAAGUUUUCUCUUACUUAUAAUCCAGACGACACUCUCACAACUAGAGUCAUCAAUGGAGGCGGCAAAAACCCGGAAUUCAACGAGAACUUGAGAAUGAAAAUCACCCAAGUUGAUGCAGUCCUAAAAUGUGAGAUUUGGAUGCUCAGCAGAGUUAGAAACUACAUGGAAGAUCAGCUUCUGGGAUUUGCUCUGGUCCCAAUUUCACAAGUUGCUGGCAAAGGAAAGGUGACACAAGACUAUAGCCUCUCUUCCACUGAUCUUAUCCACUCCCCUGCUGGAACUGUCCAAUUGUCUCUUUCUUUAGACACUUCCCUGCCAGACAAUUCCUCUCCCAAUUCGUUACCUGAGUCGGCUACCAAUUCAUCAAUCUCUUCAGAAGUUGUGUUGCUUGAUCGAAAAAUCUCAGAAGUUAUCUUAGACCCAGUAGAGUACUCGAGAAUCGAAUUCCCUGACAUUAAUGUUGUCAAAGAGACUCAACAAAUGGUGUCCGAGUAUUUCGACUUGGCGGGGCAAGUUUCUGCUUCUGGGGCUAAUUCCGGGGGAUUCGUUUCAUUUCUCCAUCUUGGUUCUUCUCCUCAGUUUGUUGAUGACCACGAAAUGACCGGGAAUUCGUCCGAGGAAAAUGGAAGCAUACACAAUUCUGGCUUCUUAAGUUCCACUACAAGCAGCUUAAGCGAUGACAGAAACUCUGCUGAUUCAAUGGAGAAAAAGAGUCGUUUAUGCGGCGAGCCAUCGAAUUCUGUCAACAUCUCAAUCACUACUGAGGUUAACCAGAGCUCCUGUACUUGCCCAGACACUCCAACUUCAAAGAAGGGGACUGAAAUCAGAGAUGAAAAGGAGUCAAAUUUCACAAGCAAAGAGGAGGAGAGCAAGAAGGAUAGGAAUAUGGGUGGUUCUGCAAAAUUUGGUCAAGUAUUUUCAGCUCCACUUGGGAACUUCAAUCUUGAGGCAGAGCAGUCUGCGAUGCAGCAGCAAAUAGUGGACAUGUACAUGAGAAGCAUGCAGCAGUUUACUGAGUCUUUGGCAAAGAUGAAGCUUCCAAUGGAUCUCGAUAAACCUGAAAGUGAAGACCAUGGAAAUGUGAUUCAAAACCACUCCAACAAGUUAGAAGCUGACAAGAAGAAAAAGGAAGGAUCCCGGGUGUUCUAUGGCAGCCGGGCCUUCUUCUGAUCUCUAAAAUGAUGUUGCAUAUCUGACAGGGAGUUUGUUCUAUAGCUGGAUAUGGAGUUUAAUUUAUGGUAACUUUGGCUUUCUCUCGGCUUUCUUAUGUGAUAUUUAUGUCAGAUGUCAGUUUUUUUCUACUCU